AUGGAGCCCGUCAAGAUUCCCACCGAGCCGGCUAAGCGACGCCGUAUCGGUGUCCUCACCUCCGGUGGAGAUGCCCCAGGUAUGAACGGCGCCGUGCGGGCCGUUGUCCGUAUGGCAAUCCACUGCGACUGCGAAGCCUACGCCAUCUUCGAAGGAUACGAGGGACUGGUCAAUGGCGGUAACAUGAUCCGUCAGCUACACUGGGAGGACGUCCGCGGCUGGUUGUCCCGCGGCGGUACACUGAUCGGCUCUGCCCGCAGUAUGGCAUUCCGCGAGCGCGCCGGCCGUAUGAAGGCAGCAAAGAAUAUGGUCCUGCGAGGUAUCGAUGCACUGGUUGUCUGCGGUGGUGACGGCAGUUUGACUGGUGCCGACGUUUUCCGAGCCGAGUGGCCUACCUUGUUGGCAGACCUCAUUUCCUCGGGAGAGUUGUCCGCUGAGCAGGUCGAGCCCUACAAGGUGUUGAACAUCGUAGGCCUGGUAGGUUCGAUUGACAACGAUAUGUCUGGGACAGAUGCCACCAUCGGCUGCUAUUCGUCCUUGACCCGUAUCUGUGAUGCAGUCGACGAUGUCUUCGAUACUGCCUUCUCUCACCAGCGUGGUUUCGUCAUUGAGGUGAUGGGCCGACACUGUGGAUGGCUUGCUCUGAUGUCUGCCAUCAGUACCGGUGCAGACUGGCUGUUCCUUCCCGAGAUGCCCCCGAAGGAGGGAUGGGAGGACGAAAUGUGCUCUGUAAUCAACAAGAACCGACAUGAACGUGGUAAGCGCCGUACGAUCGUCAUUGUCGCCGAAGGAGCCCAUGAUCGCCAAUUGAACCGGGUUUCGAGCUCAAAGAUCAAGGAUAUUCUCACAGAUCGAUUGGGAUUGGACACUCGAGUUACCAUCCUCGGCCACACCCAGCGAGGUGGUGCCGCGUGUGCUUAUGACCGCUGGCUGUCAACCCUGCAAGGUGUAGAGGCUGUUCGUGCCGUGUUGGAAAUGUCCCCCGAUUCUCCUUCACCAGUCAUCACUAUCCGCGAGAACAAGAUCAUGCGCACCCCUCUGAUCGAAGCUGUCCAAGCAACUAAAGAUGUGUCAGCGAAGAUCGACAACAAGGAGUUUGAAGAGGCCAUGGAGCUGCGUGAUCCUGAAUUCAAGGAGUAUUACAAGGCCUACUUGAACACCGCGACCGCGGAGAUUCCGAAGACGAUUCUUCCGGAGGAAAAGAGAAUGCGAAUUGCCAUUAUCCAUGUCGGUGCCCCGGCCGGUGGUAUGAACCAAGCAACCCGUGCCGCAGUUGCAUACUGUUUGACCCGUGGCCACACUCCACUGGCAAUUCACAACGGCUUCCCUGGACUGUGCCGCCACCACGCUGACAAGCCAGUCAGCUCAGUUCGUGAGGUUACUUGGCUGGAAGCUGAUAGCUGGGUCAAUGAGGGUGGUUCAGAUAUUGGAACCAACCGCAGCCUGCCAUCGGCUGACAUGGAAAACACUGCCAAAUGCUUUGAAUUGUACAAAUUUGAUGCCUUGUUUGUUGUGGGUGGUUUCGAGGCUUUCACAGCCGUUAGCGAGCUGCGCCAGGCCCGCGAACAGUAUGAUGCGUUUAAGAUUCCGCUCAUCGUCCUUCCAGCUACCAUCUCUAACAAUGUUCCCGGCACUGAAUAUUCCCUGGGCAGUGACACAUGCUUGAACACCCUGAUUGAUUUCUGUGAUGCCAUCCGUCAAUCUGCCUCGUCCUCCCGCCGCCGAGUGUUCGUGAUUGAGACCCAAGGUGGUAAAUCUGGAUAUGUGGCGACCACAGCUGGUUUGGCCGUGGGUGCCGUGGCAGUGUACAUUCCCGAGGAGGGCGUUGAUAUUAAAAUGCUCUCACGCGACAUCGACUUCCUUCGUGAUAACUUCCUUCGUGACAAAGGAGCUAACCGUGCGGGUAAGAUUAUCCUGCGCAACGAAUGCGCUUCAAAUACAUACACUACCCAAUUUAUCGCCGACAUGAUCAAGGAAGAAGCAAAGGGCCGCUUCGAGUCUCGUGCCGCUGUUCCAGGUCACUUCCAGCAAGGUGGAAAGCCCUCUCCUAUGGACCGUGCUCGUGCUUUGCGUAUGGCCAUGAGGUGCAUGGAGCACAUUGAAGGAUAUGUAGGCAAGAGCAGCGACGAAAUCGCCAAUGAUCCUCUUUCAUCUGCUGUGAUUGGUGUCAAGGGCUCACAGGUGCUGUUUUCUCCCAUGGGCGGCGAUACUGGACUGGAAGCCACGGAAACCGAUUGGGCGCGCCGUCGCCCUAAAUCUGAGUUCUGGCUCGAACUGCAGAAUGUCGUCAACGUUCUAUCGGGACGCACCCACGCCAGCAACAACGAGACGUGGUCUUGCUAUGAGAGUGCUGCGACAGUCCGAUCCGUCCCCUCGGUCCCCAUCACUCCUUGA